AUGGGAUAUUCCCUUCACCCGUCCUUUGCACGCAACUAUCAGCUUUGCGACGAACUGGGUUCAGGCGGUUAUGGCUUCGUCAUGACUGCCGUGCACCAGAUCGAGCAGGUUGAAGUCGCUGUCAAAUUUGUUAUCAAGGACAAGGUCCCUAAGGAAGCCUGGGUUACGGAUGAAGUUUUCGGGCGGCUGCCCAUGGAAGUGAUGUUGCUCAUGAUGGUCAACCAUGGUAACAUCGUCAAAUGUCUUGACGUUUAUGAAGACGAGCUGUACUUCUACCCUCUCCCUUUCUUGGACGUGCCCUCGAGGCCUCAGUACUGUCGCCGUCCCUCUCAUGAUCUCUUUGAAUGUAUCGAGCAGACCAAGCACAAACGUCUUUCAGAGAAGCAGGCCCGAUACAUCAUGAGUCAGGUCGUUGACGCUGUGCAUUACUUGAAGAACCAGGGGAUCUCUCACAGGGAUAUCAAGGAUGAGAACCUCGUCGUAGACAGAGACUUAAGGGUCAAGUUGAUUGAUUUUGGUAGUGCAACAAUCGUUGAUCCAAGCUUCCCUCGCCCAUACUACAAGCUCUUCUUUGGAACCACAGCAUACGCGUCCCCAGAGAUCCUGCAGAAGAAGCCGUAUCAAGCUGAGCCUGCUGAGGUGUGGACGCUGGGUGUGUUAAUGUCUUAUUUGCUCACUGGCAUGUCACCUUUCCCAUCGGAAAACGAUGCCCUUGAGGGACGAAUUGUUCUUUCCGAGGUUCCGGGCAAGAGGCUCAGCAAGUCGUGUCUUCACAUGAUGGCCCGCUGUUUGGAGCCGGAUCCAACCAGACGCGCUACCAUCGAAGAGGUGAGGGAACACCGGUGGCUGAGAGGCUCCGAAUCGGCUGUUGGGCGUCACUGAUUUCUGUUACCUGCUACGUUGUGUCUUUAUCUCUUUCGAUUUCCUAUCAUGAUUGAAGUCUUAUGUGUUCUUCGUAUCCAUGAAACCUCUCCUUUGCGAGGUCUCUUUCCGUCUUUUCUUGUUUAAGUAGUAGGAAGCAUGUUCU